AUCAACUCCCUUGGGUGAUUUAUUGAUGGCUCAACUCGUGUGCGCCGCGCGAACCGACCCGCCGCGACAAGUGACAUGCGGCCCUCAAAUGAAACUGCACUUGAACGUGUUCCAAGGGUUUGUCCUGCCUGCCUUCUCCAGCUCCCAAAUCCCCGCGCUCGUCGACCAACUCGUCGGGCAUCCCCGGAUGCGCAAGUCCACCACAUUUGCGUAUGCGUACCGCAUCCUCGAGCCUUCCACCGACAAGGACACUACUAGUCCAACCAGCCACCACGACUCGGAGGGCACGACAGAAGGCAGCGACGACGGCCUGACCCUGGGCGCCGGUGACAAGCUCCUUCAGGUGCUGCGCCGAUGGCAAGUGUGCAAUGCCAUCGUGGUGGUCAAUCGGUCCGAUUUGAGUCUCACCGGUCGGCUUAUCGUUGCCCAAAUAUAUAAACUCGUUGUCGAAAGCGCCAAGCUCGCGCUGGAGCAGUUUGCCCUCGACUCUCUUCAGCCAUCAGAAGCCGCCAAACUGGCGCUACAAGACGCGUCCAACAACCAAAAGAGCAGCGGAGUCGGGGAGGUUCCGCAUUUAACGGUACAGGAGAUGACUUACGCAGGGGCUCCCACGCAUAUGGUGAAUGGAACGGUGCUGGGGACAAAGCAAGGUCGGAUCAACCACUUCCAAGGGGCCCAAGAAGGGGAUAAGCACGCGAUGACGACGAAUCGACCCAAGUCCCUCGAGCGCUUGGGCAUUUCAAAGGACGACCUCGCGGCCCUCAAAGUGGUGCGCAUGCCGCCCAAGGAGCUGCACAUGGUUCUCGUCUGCGUCGCGGUGCUGCUCAACGUGCCCGACCUGUCAUGGCUCGGCUGCCGAGACAUGCUUAACGCGGCAUCGUUUUGCGCCAAUGUGCUCGGUGUCCGGCCGCACAACGUCACCAAGAAGCAGGCGACUCGCGUCCGCGCGAUUCUGCAGGAACCCCAGUUUGUCCCAGAGCUGAUUCGACGCGUGUCUGUCGUCGGUGCCGCGCUCCUCUCGUGGGUCAUGCAGAUCAUGGACGAGUACGACGCCCUGCGGCUGGGCUUUGACCUCCGCGGUCCCGAAGAGGACGACAGUCAAGCGGAGUCGUUUCCUCCGCCGGCGGACGUGUCCCCGUGGUCCCUGGCACCCGAGCUACCGCCGCCGAGCCAACAACACCGUCCUCUUUCCGAGGACGACGACGCCACCGCCAUCAUCCCCACAGACUUGUUCAUGCCAAAAGUCGCGCCGUUUGCCGUGCACGACACCGGUCGCAUGUUGUUGCCACAGUAGCUAGCACUCUGUCCAAAUUUAAUCAUAACAUUAGGUUAACUACAUACUUCGAAG